AUGGCGCUCGGACGCAGGAACUCGCUUCUCCUGAUUUUCUUUGCUUUCUUCAAAAAUUAAUCAACCUGAAUCAACCGGACUCUGAUUUUUUGCUCUUUCAACUGAACGACUUAAAAGCGACGACCCAUUCCUUGCUUUGAUACGCCGGUCUGCACAUGUAAACUUGUGUCCAACUGGACGAUCAAGAUUUCAGGAUCCCUUUUCCAAAACGAAUUCACUAGUUUGGGGAACUCGGGACAGAAACACUUCUGGAAGAAGAGGAGGAGUGAGAAGGGGCCCUUAUUUAAGUGAAUGGUAGAGACAUGACCAUGACUGCGGCAUGGGAGUGACGUGACACCCUCUUUCGACUUUCCCUCCAAACAACAAAAUAUCCACGCACCCACACCAUGCCCUACUCUCUUCAGAGAGCUACAACAGAGUGAAUGAACGACCACACUGAGAAAGAUUGUGCGAGUGUGAAAAUGGAUGAAUCUGCACUCCUGGACUUGUUGGAGUGCGCGGUUUGUCUGGAGCGUUUGGAUGCCACAGCGAAGGUGUUACCGUGCCAACACACAUUUUGCCGAAGAUGCCUGCUUGGGAUUGUGGGGUCACGUGGAGAACUCCGUUGCCCAGAGUGCCGCACGCUAGUGGAGAGUGGCGUGGAUGAGUUGCCUAGCAACAUCCUCCUAGUACGGCUGCUGGACGGGAUCAAGCAGAGGCCCAGAAGGACGGGAAAUGGGCAUGGCGCAAACACUAAUGGAUCAGCAGGGGCGGGAGUCCGGGCACAGGGUGCAGGAGGAGGCCCGAGACAACCAGGGCUCCCUGGGGCACAAUCUCAGAGAGUCCAGGCCAAGAGCACUCCAGUGAGGGGAGUGCCUCAGCUACCCUGUGCCAAGGCCUUAUAUAACUAUGAUGGAAAGGAACCUGGAGACCUCAAGUUCAGCAAGGGUGACAUCAUCAUCCUUCGCCGACAGGUGGAUGAAAACUGGUACCAUGGAGAGAUGGAUGGAGUCCAUGGAUUCUUCCCCACUAACUUUGUCCAGGUCAUCAAACCGCUGCCACAGCCGCCACCACAGUGCAAGGCACUGUACGACUUUGAACUCAAAGACAAGGAGGCUGACAAAGACUGCUUGCCAUUUUCAAAGGAUGAUAUUCUCACUGUGAUUCGUCGUGUGGAUGAGAACUGGGCUGAAGGGAUGCUAGCAGAUAAGAUUGGAAUCUUCCCCAUCUCUUACGUAGAGUUCAACAGUGCAGCACGUCAACUCAUAGAACUGGACAAGCAAUCAGAAGGUGGAGGAGACUCCAGUGAUGUGCCCUGUUCCUCGGGCCCCCAGGCCAACGGCUCCCAGAAGGCCGCUGGAGAGAAAAAGUACAGUAAAAAGCGGCACUCCUUCACCUCCCUGACUAUGUCCCAUAAGCCCUGUCUUGCCCCUCCUCCCCAGAGACACUCCAUGGAGAUAAGCGGCCCGGUUCUGAUCAGCUCCUCCAACCCCACAGCAGCGGCCCGAAUUGGAGAGCUCAGCGGAGGCCUGUCCUCCAGUGCACCUUCACAGGUUCACAUUUUCACAACAGGACUCAUUGUUACUCCUCCACCUAGUAGUCCUGUCACCACAGCGACAGUUUUCACCUUUCCACCAGAAACCAGCUAUGCAUCAAUUCCAGUGGAAGCUCUUCCCCCUCCUCCACCCCCUCCACCUCAGUCACAGCCUUCAGCUGUGGGUGCUGCUGCCUUGACUGCUGGUCAAAGACCAUCACUCACUGCAAGUGACCAGAGUGGGCGUCAAAGACCCACAGUGUAUGUUGCAAUGUUUACGUAUACACCCCGUAAGGAAGAUGAGUUGGAAUUACGGAAAGGGGAAAUGUUUCUGGUGUUGGAGCGCUGUCAGGACGGCUGGUUUAAAGGAACAUCCAUGCACACCGGCAAGAUUGGAGUGUUUCCUGGUAACUACAUGAGUCCUGUCAGCAGGACUGUUUCUGGCAGCAGUCAGCCAAAGGUUCCCCUGAGUCUGUGCUCCCAGGCUGGACGUGGUGUCACCAUUGUUAGCCCCUCCUCUGCUCAUCUCGGGGCCGCUGUAGGGAGUGCUGACCCCAAUAAACCUCUCCCAGUCUGCCCAAAUGCCACCCCAUCUUGCCCACUGCCUGCUGCUCUAGUAACAGCUGCACAUAUACCCUCUGGACAGCACCCCAACAUGCUUAUGCAUGUUACUUCACAGAUGACCGUCAAUCAGGCACGCAGUGCAGUCAGGACAGCUGUGUGUCAUAGUCAGGAUCGGCCUACAGCAGCAGUGAUGCCCAUCCAGUCCCACAAUCCUGUGGCCUACUUUUCUAACUCAGCAGUGUGUCUUCAGCCAUCACCUGUCCUCAGCUCCAGCCCUGGAUCCUCCUCAUCCAGAUUGGGUGUGGCUAUGGGCUGUGCGGCUGCCUCCUUGACCCCACCUAAUGUCAGUGCUGCUUCUUUAGACAGUGAUGCAAUGAGACCUGUCACUGUAGUUGCUCUUCCUGUGGCCCACGGGAGCACAAAGUCUUUUGGUGCCGUGUCAAAUCACGGUGUUGCUUGUAGACUGGAUAAAGACUGCAAGAGGGAAAAGAAAGGCCUGUUGAAACUGCUGUCUAAUAAAAAGAAGCUCCGCCCGUCUCCCCCAUCCUCUCCAACAUUGGAGGUGGAACAAACUGUUGCCAUUGACAUGCCACAGGGGGCUUUUGGAACUGAAAUGGCCCUGCCCAACUCCGCGGUCAUUGUGGUGGGAAACAAUGGACAUGCAGGAGCCUGUCCGAUGGACUAUGAACUCUCAUCGACAUCAUCAAACACAGAGGCAGCAUCACAUAGGAGCAACUCCCAGGACAACACUGCUCCGAUAGCCCCACCUCCACGUCAACCAUGCUCCUCACUCCUCUCCAUGCAGCAUGACGGACGGCCAAUCGUGUGUGAAAGGUACCGCGUAAUGGUGUCCUACCCUCCCCAAAGCGAAGCAGAGCUCGAACUUAAAGAGGGAGACAUUGUGUUUGUGCACAGAAAGCGAGAGGAUGGCUGGUUUAAAGGAACACUACAGAGGAACGGACGAACAGGCCUUUUCCCUGGCAGCUUUGUUGAUAGUAUCUAACUCACUUUGUGUCUAAAAACCUAACUCUUAAAUAUUAAACUUCUCCAUCACAGAAAACAGCAACACUGAAUUUCAGCCUUGCCAAAUGCUCCGUUUUAUGUGCCGCAGUAAACAAGUUCAGUGGAUGUGUACUGCUUGUGUAGUUUGACCAAACACAUGUGAUCCAGCUGCUGGAGGUUGUACAUUUUGAGGGUCAUCAGUUGCAUGGACCAGUCUUAAGAAUAUACCUUAACCACCUAGACAGGUCCUGAAACAAAAAUAUUUCCUGAAACACAUGGAUUCAGUGAAGUUUGUUUUAGCAGUUCGCACCAGAUGACCUUGUUCUAGCACAGUAGAUUUAAGUCGUGAUAGGAUUUGUUAAUUUAUGCAUCUGUAACAUUUCGAAGACUUUUAAUGUGUGCCUUGUACUGUCUCACUUUACUGUAUAAAAGCAAAAAAAAGCUGAUCUGAGUCAUGAUGAGAACAAUAUGAAUUUUCUACAAAUGAAAUUGCAUCUAAUUUAACUUAUUUUUGUUUAGAAGGAAUUGCGCUUUGGAGGGAAGGUUUGUUAUGUGAGCUGAAUGGUCAAAUGCAUGUAGAAACUUUUAACAUGAAAUCAGUGGAGUCAAAUGAAACAAGAUGGUUGGCUUAUUGCCAGCCAGUUACCAAUUGCUUCAUAACAUGCUAUUCAUUGUCGAAAUCAUUGACUGUCUGAGAAUAUUCAAGGAUUUUAUGGCCUUUUGUCUCACAUUCUGAUUGGUUGUGGGGUUUAUGGCUUUACAUCACUAGAUGUAAAAAGAAAGACGAUAUGGGAUUUUGAAAUGUUUACUGUAGUCGCAGUACAUUAUACUGGGUGAGGGAAUAAAAUAUAGCAUAUUAUUUUAAAAAAGAACAAGAUUACACUCCAGACAUUUUAAAUCAAAUCCUACUAAUAAUCUUUUUUUGUGAAAACAAAUUGGUUCCAAGUGAUUUGUUGGGGGUGUGUGUGUGUGUGUUGGGGGGGGGGGGGGUAAUAGAGAAGACCUGUGUAACAAGCUAAACAACAGAAACAGUCACCUAUACAAAAAGCACAAAGACCCCCAGUACAUUACAGUGAUGAUGCUGUUAUGCCUUUGUGCACACGUAUUUGACUAUUUUGUGUAAAUGAGUUUCUCCUCCAGUAUUUAAAGCUGCUUUAUAGUUUCCUUCUGAAUUCUGUAUCAUCCCUUACAUAGAGACAAGUGACCUGUCGACCCCUCAUGUUUUAGCUUCUGAAAUUCUUUAUAGGGAUGAUGUUUCUAAAGGUUAUUCACAUUAAAAUGGCUGUUAGCCUUCAUUUCAUGAAAACAAUUAUAACAAUGUUUUACCCCAUCUUCCACACAAUAAUGGUGGCAUAUAGAAAUGACUUUAUAUACAUUGGCUGUUCUGGUAAUGUCUGCUGUACUUUAGUAUUGUAUGUUAUAUCGUGUUUUAUAUACUUGAAAAUGAUGGUGUUUGUGUAUUCCUAUGCUUCAUACGGUAGAAAUGUUUUAUUAUUUUAUUAUUAUUUUGAAAGCACAAAUUUGAUGUUUGAUGGUCGUUGUUGUUUUAUUUUUUAGAAUUGAUAGAUUUAUAUUUCCAAAAUUUGCCCUGUUGCAAAUUUCAGUUCUUUUCUGAAAUUCAAUUCACUUUACUUUUCAUUGAUCUUGAUGCCUUUGCAACUAACACAAUGGCCUUCAUUGGUUGUAUUAAUGAAAUGGACCAAAUCACUUAAGAUUUAGAUUUUGAUCUUUGGUUUCCAUCUCUAAUCAUUGAAACCUUGUAACAGGACUGAUGCUCCAUUUCUGAAUUAUUUGAUCCAUCAAUAGAUUGAUUCACACUAAACAAGCCUUUCACUGCUUGAGUCAAGCAUGUUUAGAGUUUGAACAGCAGUCAUAUAUUAAAAUGAGUCAUUUCAGACCAGAUCUCUCAGAGCAGAACAAAAUCUGAUCACUGUUUAUUUCAUUAACUCAUUAAACAGCUUGCUAGUUGUGAGGGAAAUAAAGUAAUAACUUUUAUAAAAUACUUUUUGAGAUACCGGUUUGUGUUUUGUUUUUUCAAAUAUGUUUGAGAUCUACAAACCCACUUAUGAAAAGGUCGGUACAGUAUGGAAAAUGCUAAUCAAAACUAUAGGUAGACGAUAUAUCAGUAUGCUUUUUAGAACUAUUGUUAUCUGCAAAAAUCUAUUUAUUUUAUUUUUUUUUUGUCAUUUCAAAAUAAGAGACCCCAGUAUGUUUCGGGCUUGUAUGUACUUAAGUCCCGUGUUAUACACCCAGUCAUACAUUAUUUUGGUUGAACAAUAAACUGCAUC